ACCCUCCAAAACCCACGAUAAGAGAAAUCCCCCCCACUUGGAAAGGCAAACAACACACCACGCAGCACGCCGCACCACCAAGUGCAUUAUCACCAACCUCCCUGACCGAAUCACCCCUCUUCUGGCAGAUAUAAUUUUCUGCCCAACGGCCUCUUCUCUCUUCAGUAUUUCUUUUUCCUUCAUGGGACAUUUGAAGCAACAAGGCGGCAUCCAUUUGAUGCGUUGACCAAGACACACAAAAUGGCCUCCACCAAUCACCCCAGACCGCCUCAGUACCACAACCCAUCCUGUCUGUCCCCACAACAACGCACACCCCGCCUCAUCACAGCGCUUUCUUUCCUCCCCGCCCUGCCGCUGCUGAUUGCUCAUGGGGUGAUUUCCCAGAAUGCCAUUCCUGCUGUUGGGCUCGCGCCGCUUUUUGUUUCGGCUUGCGUCGGUGUUUUUAUUUUGCUGCAGCUGAACAAGAAGGAGAGGAGGCAGAAGAGGGCGGUGAGUGGAGAAGGGUAUGGGGAUGAUAUUGAGGGGCAUGGGAGACAGCAUGGCCAGCACGGCCAUCGCGGGAGGAUCACGCCUUCUGAUGAUGACGAGGAUGAGGCAGAAGAGAAAGACUCUGUGUUUACCCAUCGGAUACUAAUCUUUUUGGUGGAUGCUGGCUUGGCGGCUGGGUUGUUGGUUGUGUUGGGGUUGACGGUUAUUGAGACCAUCACCGGAAAGCCUUAUCAUCGUGGCAAGCCUGCGGAGGAGGGUGGCGAUGAGGGUGAUGUGCCGAAACCUGAACCUGGGCCUGAGGUUGUUGAUGAUCUGAGAAGGGCGGAGUUGGUGAUGCUGGCUGCAUAUGGAACGAUUCCUUUGCUGGUCAACUUUGGCAUCCAUUUCUACAUGGCAAUCAGAGAGCUGAUUGCUGGCUUGGCUAUUCAUGGCUUGAUCCAGUACACCGCUUGGCAAGUUCUUGACCCUGACUGCCCGCACUGCGGUGGCAGGUUGAGGCCGGAGCACACGCCAGAUAUCCCAUGGUAUGAGACGGUUUCUGCGCCUUCCUUCGCAGUACCAAGCGUUGCGUUGCCCGAGGUUCCUGCUCCGAAUGUCACAAUGCCAAAGUGGCAGUGGAAGACCCCGUCUUGGCUGUCGAGAAAGCAGAGCGAGGACUUCUCUGGCGCAGACCCGGAUGCCAGGCUGUUUGUGGACGAUGGGGACAGGUAUAGGGACGAUACCACUGAGGACGAGGCAGCAUCCACGACUGGCAUUGUUGCUGGCACUGCAUCCGUGGGCCCAGGCCCUGUUGUCGAAGAGGUCGUGAAGGGGAAGAAGGACAAGAAAAAGAGGUCUUCAAGCGGUUCGGGAUACUACGAGGAUGAGGCCGGGUGGCCCUAAGCCAAAGCAGAGUGUAUUGAGGAGUUGAUGGUGGAUGGUGGAUGUGUCGCGCGGUGUUGAAGUGUGGGAGCUGGAGGGAGGUGGGCUGCGUAGCGAUCAGCUGGUGUGAGCAGGUAGUCUGAGUUUGGUGGAUGUCUUUUUAGAUACCCUUGUUUGCUGUUCUUGAUUUCGAAGGAAAUAUACGGAGUAGGAGUUGCUGUUCUCAUGAUCCGAUGAAAA